AUGUCUACAAAUAGUCUUCCAGAUCUCAGUCAAAUAAUUACUAGUGAUAAUUUGCAAGUAUUAAAAUUGGAAUUGAUGAGAUUACAAACAGAACUCAACAUAGCUAACAAUGAAAUUAAAAACUUAAACGCAAUAAAUACAGAACUAAAUAAGAAAAAUCAGGAGCAAGAUAAAAUUAUAGAUUUAUACAAAACUAUAAAUGUAAACGAAAUAAAUCCUAGUAAAGUUCUAACUAACUCAUGUAUGUCAACCCCGCUCGGUAAUCAGUCUGAAAAAGUUAAGAUGUAUCCCUCUUCGAAAAAAGGAUUACCAUUGCCAGAAGACUGUAAUAAAAAACACAUUGCUACAAUACCCAUAGAUGCGAAUAAAAGGGACUUCACCUCAAGAAAUAACAUAAUCGAUACUUCAAAGCCUAUAAAUUAUACAGAGAAGCACACAUUUAACACUAAGCCCAAUAUAUUGUUGCGCGGCUAA